AUGGCCCCCUACGCUGCGACAAACCGAAAAGCUCCAGUUGGUUGCGGGGCUUUAAUUUACAAUUAUAGAUAUCCACAUGGAAGAGGCGAAUUGCCUAGAGCCGUCGUUGAAGAAGCUUUCACAAAAUGGAACUACGGCUGGGAGUCGCUGGUACAUUGUGGUUGCCCUCUCGGAUGCGGAUCGAAUGAGGAUGAAAGCAAACUCAAUGGAACGCUCUUAUGUCUUUUUAACAUAUCAGCAUGCACACUCGAUAACACAUAUCAAUGCCGUUUUCCCUAUUUACGUCUGAAAGUUGAUUUCCAUUCAGAAAAUCAGAUCAACUAUGGUGAAAAUAAUUAA